AGAGAGAGAAUUGUUCUUUAUAUGCCAGUUGAAGAAAUUUCAUUCCUAAUUCUAGCAACUUUUUCUUUGGGUGCAAGAAGGUUUGAUAUCUUCUUAACAAAUAAGUCUUCGUUUUCCUCUAGUUGCUAAGGAAAAACAAAGGCAACACUUUCCAAAACCGUCUUUCCACUAAUUUGCCUGUACAGAACUAUUUUCUCGAUGGUUUAAUUUCAACUCUUAUUUAGGUUUUCGGAAGAAGAAAAAAGGAACAGGAUGAAACGAGGAAGUAGUGCAGAAGAUUCCAAGUCAAGCCCCAAAAACCAAAUUGAAUUUGAAGAAGAAGAGGAGGAGGAGGAGGAGGAGGAGGAGGAGGAGGAGGAAGACGAUCUCGAGACAGAAGAAAAUAGCAAAUUACCUAAAGGUACAAGAACGAGCUCUAGUAACAGCACCGUAGAAGAGAAUGGGAAAAAGUCGACCAACUCUGGAGGUGUACGGCAGUAUGUACGCUCGAAAACGCCGAGGCUACGGUGGACACCUGAGCUCCAUCUUCGCUUUAUUCAUGCUGUUGAAAGAUUAGGAGGGCAAGACAGAGCCACACCGAAAUUGGUUCUUCAAUUAAUGAACAUUAAAGGACUUAGCAUAGCUCAUGUCAAGAGCCAUCUUCAGAUGUACAGAAGCAAGAAGACUGAUGACCCCAAUCAAAUUUCUACUGAUGGAAGAUUCCUACUUGAAAACGGAGAUCACCAUAUUUUCAAUCUAAGCCAUUUUCCUAGGCUACAAGGGACGUUUAACCAAGCUUCUAGUUCAAGCUUAAGAUACGAUGAUUCUACAUGGAGUCGUCAAGUAAAUUCUUCUUUGUACAAUCCUUAUAACAUCAACAUUGGGAGUGCCUCAAGUUUAAGUACUAGACAUGGUUUUUCAAGCCACGGUCACUCACACGGACCACUAUUUCCAUGGAAUAAAACCCUUCAAAUUGAGAAAAACCCUCAACACUUUCAUAAUCAAAGAUUUUGGAGUACUCAAAUUGGAACAAGCUCUACAAAACAAAAUCUCCUAAUGACAUUACCAAUAGAUAGAGAUAGAGAUGGAGGGAUCAGAGAGCAAGAAAUUAUGAAGACACAAAUGCGAAAUAAUAAUUCUCUUUCCUCGAGGGGUAAAGGUUGGACGACUGAAGCAGGGACAACAACAACAUGCGCACCCAAUAAAAGAAAGAUUCAAGAUUCAGAAAUCAAUCUUGACUUGAACCUUUCACUGAAAAUAACAAGAGAGGAUGAUGAUCAUCAGAAAAGAUUAAAAGCUGAACAAGUUGGGAAUCUUCUUUCUCUUUCUUUGUUCUCCUCCUCAACUACUUCAAUGGAUGAUCAACAAAAUCAAGGUGCAAGGAUGGCAAGUACCCUAGAUCUGACUUUGUGAAUGGAGACAAUAUUCUAAGUGAGAUAUUGAGGUACUUGUUGAUGGGAAUUGAUAAAUUACUUACAUCAUUUGCAGCAAAUCUUUGUCCUAUGUAUAUUCUAGCAGCUACUACUGUGCAAGGUAAUGUCGCCUUUGUUGUUAUUCCCAAUUUGUAUGCAUAAAAGAUACUAAUAAUAUAUCAUUGAGGAAUUCUAGGCAACAAUUAGUUACUAUUGUUUAUCUGAAUUUUCACUCUUCAACAUUGGGUAAUGGGAAUAAGUGAAAAAACAAUUCAAUUGCUCUUGUCCCCCCUGACAUUUGUGUACACCUAGCUAUCUUGAAUACUACUUAAGUUGUCAGU